AUGCUAGCAGGAAGAUUCGGAUUGAUAACCGCCCAAAAACGGGCGUUUUCAAGCAGCUUCCGGCUUUCAAAUAGUGCAAGUUCACCAAUAUUUGACCCAUCACAAUUGAAUCCUCUGAGUAAUGCCAGGAAGACGUCUGAAACAUCCGCGAAGCUUCAACUCAACAUUCCAGCAUCAGGUCAGCGGCUUACCGCUGCUUCUUUUGUCGCUUCUCCCAAGGAGGAUGCUUUGACGUCGAGAUUAACAGGCGUUCGCGCAGGAAGGACCGUCGAUGUCUACAAUGGUGAUACCGCCGGCGCAUUUAGACAAUUAAACUCCGUGGUUUUUGCCAAUAGAAUAGCACAGGAUAAGCGCAAUCAGCGGUUCCACGUCAAGCGCGGUAAGGCCAAGGAGAUGCGUGCUUCGCAGAAACAUCGCCGUGAGUUCAUGAAGGGUUUCAAAAGACUCAUCGAAGUGGUUAAGGAUGCUAAGCGCAAAGGUUACUAA